GGUAAGGUUCUACUGUGAAAACAUUGUUACGGUUCAGUUUCGAAAAUUUCGUUCUUGUUUCUAUAUCAACUUCUAAGUGACAAGUGUCCUUGACUCAUGUGGAGGGUGAAAUUAGGAGAUAGAGAUGGCAAACGGUGGCAUUGUCGUGCGUGCAUGUCCGCCACGGAGCAUCAAAAUGUUUCGGUCUUCACUUCUUCCUAAUUUGUUCAUUUCCCUUCUCGCUGUAGAGGGAGAGAGAGAGCAAAAUGACGACGAUGGAGAGGAUGGAGAGAGACGCAAUGGAGACUGUGGCUCCCUACGCUCCGGUGACUUAUCACCGCCGUGUUCGUGGUAACUUGGACGACACACUUCCUAAACCUUAUUUGCCGAGAGCACUUCAAGCACCUGACAUGGAGCACCCGCAAGGAACACCAGAGCAUAGGCAUAAUGGCCUUAGUGUUCUUCAGCAACAUGUCGCUUUCUUUGAUUUGGAUGAUAAUGGCAUUAUUUAUCCCUUUGAAACCUUCACUGGAUUCCGGUUACUUGGUUUCAAUUUACUAGCGUCGCUUGUCUUGGCUGCUGGUAUCAACAUAGCUCUUAGCUAUGCUACUCUCCCGGGAUGGUUACCGUCUCCGUUAUUUCCUAUAUAUAUACACAACAUUCACAAGGCAAAACACGGAAGUGACUCUAAAACGUAUGACAAUGAAGGAAGGUAUACACCAGCGAAUCUUGAGUUGAUGUUUAGCAAAUACGCGAGGACCGUGUCAGACAAGUUGAGUCUUGGAGAACUAUGGGACAUGACCGAAGGGAACCGCGAUGCCUUUGACUUUUUUGGAUGGUUAGCGAGCAAGGUGGAAUGGGGAGUGUUGUAUGCGUUAGCGAGUGACGAAGAAGGAUUCUUGUCUAAAGAAGCCAUAAGGCGGUGCUUCGAUGGAAGCUUGUUCGAGUAUUGUGCGAAGAACUACGCUGAGAUCAAGGAGUACAAGACGUACUACUGAUCAUUAUUCGUUGAUGAAUGUGAUGAUGAUGAUAUAUAGAUAAUAGUUCUUUUUAUUCGAAGCAACACGCUCGUAGACUUGUGAACACUUCUGAAUUAAUUCAGUAGUGGUUAUAUUAUGAAAGCAAAGAGGUGUGGGACA